UCCUCGGGAGAGGCAAACGACAUGUGGUGUAAGAUAGAUAAAUGCAUCCGAGAAGCUGCCAGAAAAGUGCUAGGCAUGAACUACGGUGCUGGAGGUUGGCAUAAAGGUUAUUGGUGGUGGAGUGAUGUGGUCAGAAGUAAAGUAGAAGCUUAGAAGAUUGUGUAUAGGAGGUUUAUGGACUGUAGUGAUGAACAAGAAUAGGCGUCUCUUAAAUUGGAGUACAAGGUUGCCCGCAUGGAAGCAAAGUUAGAGGUUACAAGGGAAAAGAAUGCUGCUUUUGAACACCUGUAUAAGGACAUUGAGGAGCGAGGUGGUGAUAAAAGGCUUUUCCGGCUAGCUAAAAUGCGUGAGAGGAAGGUUAGGGAUCUGGAACACGUGAGAUGCAUGAAGGAUAUCAAUGGUAGAGUUGUAUUUGAUGCGAGAGAGGUUUCCAACUGGUGGGGAGAGUACUUCCAUGGCCUUUUGAAUGCAAGCGGGGAACUGAGACUUGGGCAAUGUUGUAUACAAACAUUAGAUAACAUUCUAUUUGUUUGGAAGGGCACUGUAGUGGUUGCAGGCAGAGCAAGGGCUGUUGUUAUUGGAGUUGGUUCAAAUACUGCAAUGGGAAGUAUACGUGAUUCAAUGCUAAAUACUGAAGAAGAAGUGACACCAUUGAAGAAGAAGUUGGAUGAAUUUGGAACUUUCCUUGCUAAGGUCAUUGCCGGUAUUUGUGUAUUGGUUUGGGCUGUAAACAUCGGUCAUUUUAGUGAUCCUGCUCAUGGCGGCUUCCUCCGAGGGGCAAUACACUAUUUCAAAAUUGCUGUUGCACUUGCUGUUGCUGCAAUUCCUGAAGGGCUUCCUGCAGUUGUUACCACCUGUCUUGCUCUCGGAACAAAAAGAAUGGCUCGGUUAAAUGCAAUUGUCAGAUCCCUACCAUCAGUAGAAACCUUAGGCUGCACAACUGUGAUUUGCAGUGAUAAGACUGGCACUCUGACAACUAACAUGAUGUCUGUGUCUAAGAUUUGUGUGCUUCACUCUGUGAAUCGUGGCCCAGAUACUGUUGAGUACAGUGUUAGUGGCACAACAUAUGCCCCAGAGGGUUUUGUGUUUGACAGCACGGGUGUCCAGAUUUGUGUGCUUCACUCUGUGAAUCGUGGCCCAGAUACUGUUGAGUACAGUGUUAGUGGCACAACAUAUGCCCCAGAGGGUUUUGUGUUUGACAGCACGGGUGUCCAGCUUGACAUUCCUGCACAGUCUCCUUGUCUUCUUCAUAUAGCAAUGUGUUCAGCUCUUUGCAAUGAGUCUGUGUUAAGAUACAAUCCUGACAAGAAGGCUUACGAAAAGAUUGGUGAGUCAACUGAAGUAGCCCUGCGUGUAUUAGCUGAAAAGGUUAGUGAUGAUCUUAAAACUGAUAAUUAACUCUAAGCUGUCAUAAAUAUUGGCACCAUACCAAUGUACUCUCAGAUGCCAAAUAAUUGUAUAAUACUCUCUAUUAAUUAGCACAGAAUUGUUCAAGAAAAGUACAAUGUCAAUGUUUUAAGCCGGAUGCCCUUGCUGCAACCUCCAUUAGAACGAGUCAUGAUAUGAAAUUUUUAAAGCUGUCAUCAUCCUUGGUUAUUUCCAAUUGCAAUGAAAAUAUCAUGAGACAUGAAUGAGUUGAGAUGUGCUAUUGUCAUGCUCCAUUAAAAGACUGAUUGUUAA